AUGAACGAGGAAACUGAGCCAGACCAGGAGUCUGAGGUGAACGAAGAAUCUGAGCUAGACGAGGAGUCUGAACCAGACGAGGAGUCUGAGCCAGACGAGGAGUCUGAGCCAGACGAGGAGUCUGAGCCGGACGAGGAGUCUGAGCCAGACGAGGAGUCUGAGCCAGAUGAGGAGUCUGAGCCAGACGAGGAGUCUGAGCCAGAUGAAGAGUUUGCGCCAGACGAGGAGUCUGAGCCAGACGAAGAGUCUGAGCCAGAUGAGGAGUCUGAGCCAGAUGAGGAGUCUGAGGUGACUUUAAGCGAUGAUAACAUUGAUAAGAAAAAUGUAUAUAAACGUAAUCACAGUACUAUAGACGCAAACAAAAAUAUAGAAAAUAACAUGCGAAAUUACAAGCGGCCAAAAUUACAAUUGUAUGAAUAA